GGCGGGCGCCGGACCCCCAGGCGGGAGCGACAGGUCUCGGGCCCUCAGGCGGAGCGGCGGGCGCCGGACCCCCAGGCGGAGCGACAGGUCUCGGGCCCUCAGGCGGGAGCGGCGGGCGCCGGACCCCCAGAUGGAGCGACAGGUCUCGGGCCCUCAGGCGGAGCGGCGGGCGCCGGACCCCCAGGCGGGGCGGCGGGCACCGAGUCACCAGGCACAACCGUGGGCUCCGAGUCAACUGGGAUGACCGCUGGCACUGGGUCAGACAUUGGAUCGUCUGGCUGGACAGCGGUCAUCGGGUCACCAGGCAUCAGGUCAUUUGGCUCGACAGCGGGCACCGCGUCAUCUGGCAAGGCAGUGGGCUCCGAGUCAACUGGUAUGACCGCGGGCACUGGGUCAGACAUUGGAUCGUCUGGCUGGACAGCGGGCACUGGGUCACCAGGCAUCAGGUCAUUUGGCUUGACAGCGGGCACCGCGUCAUCUGGCAAGGCAGUGGGCUCCGAGUCA